AAUAUAAAUGCGGUCUGAAAUAUAUUUUUUUAAAUUCUUUUUGCUUAACAUGCACACAUGACCGACGAAAUUAGUCACAGUUAAAUUUAAAAAUAAACAAUCAAGCCCUUAGUAGGUAUUUAAAAUAAAUUAUAACAUUUUUAGGUAUCCCAUCAGGUCAGCUGGUAUACAUUUUAAAAAUAGUUGAAACAAACAGGUGUCCCAUUAAUUUGGAACGGAAUAUAUUUCACUUCCUUAUUUUAAAGUAGUCUAGUUAUUACAUAAACGUUUUGUUUAAUAAAUUUAAUGGUACUUGAAUGAAAUUCAAUAGUUCUUACGUAAUUGCAAUACCGAUCAUUUCUACCCAGAAACAAAAGGACAAGUAGCCACUGCCAUUUUGAUCGCUGCCGGCUGCCUUGCGGUUGCAUUUGCAACACUUCACUUGCAUCUUGCUAAAAAUUUUACUUUAAAAACAAGCAAGCCAUGACUGAGAGAAUUAAGAUCGAUGAGCCAUUAUGGGAUCAAAAUACGUUUGUUGGAAGGUUCAAGCAUUUUUUAUGGAUGACAGAUCCAAGAACUUGUGUAGAAAAUGAACAGGCUUUAAAUAAUGCCAAGUCGUUAAUUGAGAAGUAUAGACAAGGUCAAGAACCUACUGGAACAACUAGGGAACAAAUUAUCUAUGCGAAAAAACUUUAUGAAAGUGCUUUUCAUCCAGACAGUGGUGAAUUACAAAAUGUCUUUGGACGAAUGUCAUUUCAAGUGCCUGGUGGUAUGGCUAUUACAGGGGCAAUGCUGCAGUGGUACAGAACUCCAUUUGCGGUUGUUUUCUGGCAAUGGGUUAAUCAGUCUUUUAAUGCUCUAGUCAAUUACACGAAUCGUAAUGCCAAAUCUCCUACCUCCACAACUCAGCUAGCAGUUGCAUAUGUUUCGGCAACUUCUUCUGCCAUGAUCACGGCCUUGGGAUGCAAGUACUACUGGAGUAAGCACGCUACUCCAUUUAUGCAGAGGUAUGUGCCAUUUGCUGCAGUUGCAGCAGCAAAUUGUGUUAACAUCCCAUUAAUGCGGCAAAAUGAAGUUCUUUAUGGUAUUGACUGCAGUGACGAAAAAGGUAGAAUUGUAGGACAAUCUAAAGUGGCUGCUAUCAAGGGAAUCUCUCAAGUUAUAUUCUCCAGAAUUGUAAUGUGUGCUCCUGGAAUGUUGAUUCUUCCUGUUAUUAUGGAGAGAGCUGAAAAACUAAGAUUUAUGCAAAGGAUCGUGUUCUUACACGGACCUAUACAGGUUAUGGGAGUUGGAUGUUUCUUAACAUUUAUGGUACCCACAGCUUGUGCUCUAUUCCCGCAAAGAUGUUCAAUUAAAACAUCAACAAUAGCUUGGUUGGAACCAGAGGAAUAUGAAAAAAUAAAGAAAAACUGUGGUGACAAAGUUCCAGAACGGGUCUACUUUAACAAAGGCUUGUAAUUUUUUUUCAAAUAAGUGGAGCAGACAAUAAUCUCAUAGUAAAUUAAGUAGAAUUAACCUGGUAUCACUUUCACUGUAAAGUAUACGUAAUCAAAAACUGCACUGAUUUAAUUUAAAACAAAAUGAAUAAAAACCAAAUUUUUUAAGAAACAUGAAUUAUUAAAUGCCAAUAAAAACACGAUAAUUAAUUUUAAGUGUAACUUUGCAAGUUUGUUAAUUCGAUGGUUUGUCAAAAAUGUUAUUUAGUCAGUUAGUAGUAACGUAUUUAGUGUGAUGUUAAAAUUAAUAAUUGACAUAAGGUUAUUUGCUAUCUAACAGCAUCUGAAAAUUGAAUAAUAUUUAACUUCAUGUUAUGUUGUUUUUACAUUGUUUUACAAUACUUUUAUCUUUUUAAUUUUUGAUUGUAAUGUCUAGUGGCUUUUCACGUAUUUAAUUUUCUAACGCUAAAUGAAAAUAGGCUCGAUUGGUAGCCUAUUGAGUGAAUUUCGGUUUUAUCAAUUUAAUUAAGGACAUUCAAUAAUAAGUAGCAAAUAAUGUAAAAUAUGAAUUUAUAUAUAAGCAAUCUGAUGUAUUUCUCAUUUGCCAUUUUAAGCUUUAAUUGCGCUUUGUACUUACUGAUUGUUUUAAUUUAUUUUUAAUGAAAAGCCACUAUUUUACGUGAUAUUUAUGCAAUAAUUUUUGUUUUUUAUUUAUUGUUGAAUUUAUGUAUGAACGAAAAAAUAAAAUUUUACAUUACA